AUGAUUGAUGAAAAUAAUUCAACUAUCAGCUUGCCAAAUCCUUGGAGAGAAAAAGCAGCGGGAAAGAUUUUGAGAAAUGUUCCCAUCAACUUAUACUGUGAUGACACCUCCGGAAAUAAAUCCAAAAAGUGGAACAAACAUAUUUCCUACUACUUUACACUUUCCGGCUUACCACCCAAAAUCUCCAAUCAGGAAUUCAACUGUCAUUUUCUCUGCACAUCCAACAUUACCGGACCUUUGGAACUAGGAGAAAUGGUUGUUGAACAGUUGAAUGAUAUGGCCACCAAGGGCUUUGUAGCAUAUGAUAGUACCAUAGACCAAGAGGUUCAUGUUAUGACUAGUGCUCUUUGUUUCUUAGCAGAUUCCCCCAUGCACGCCGAAAUCACCAACACCCAUGUUCCUGGAAAUGCUCUCAAUUCUUGCCGAUAUUGUGUCUUAAGCUCUGACGAUUUGAAAUCCCGCCAAAAACUCGCGUAUCUUGCCAAAUUUGCUCAAAAGAACUCACACGGAUCAGAUUGUCCAAAUCCCCUUCGUACUAUGGAAGAAACCACAGAGAACUCAAAAAAACUGUGGACAGAAACCAAGGAAACAUUGAACUUGGAUAAACUAAAUGCUAAAUCUGCCAAACUAGCUGUUCGAGAUCAAAUCAAUCUGAGAUUUUCCAAACAAGUGUUCAACUUUCAAUCAGAAAAAAUUGCAUUACUGGCGGCGGGAGAAGAAUUACCAACUCGGUUUGAGCAGGACAUUCCUCAAAAAUUAGUGGAUAUGGAAGAGAAGGAACCCAAAAGAAUGUUUAAUGCAUACUUGGAGUUGAAAGGGUUUGAUUCUGUCAAGGAUACUCCAGUUGAAGUCUUACAUGUGUUUUUACUUGGACCAGUGAAACCUGCCAGCAUGGUCCAAUAUUAUUCAAGUUUAAUUCUAUUCUACGUUUUGGUCCAGCUACUCUUUUUGCAACAGAAAAAUUUGAAAGUUAUAACGGCAUUCUUAGAUUUGCGUCAAUUCACUCAAACCGUCAAAGUCCUGGUCAAGAUAUAG